AUGUGGAAUCAAAAGCCGAGCUUCAGGUUUGAGAUAGAUAACUACUCGGAGAAGAAAGAUCGCAUAUCAUCUAACACAUUCGUGGCUGGCGGAUGCGAAUGGUUUCUUUCCGUUUACCCCAACGGAGAUCCUUUUUCUGAUCAUGAUCACUUUUCUAUGUACUUGCACGUUGCAAAUCAAACCAUGCUGCGACCUGGGUGGAAAAGGAAUGUUAGUUUGUACUUCACUUUGUUGAAUCAGUCCGACAAAGAGCUCUGCAGAUCUAACAUUGCACCAUGCAAAGUGCUUGAUGCUAAGCAUUUGUCCUGGGGCUUCGCAAAGAUAUGUCCUCUUAGCAAGCUUCAAGAGAACGGUGUCUUGGAGAAAGACAGACUAAUCAUUGAGGUCUACAUUAAUUUGAUUGAAGCUGUUGACGGAGAAAGCGGAGAGGUACCAGAGAAGCAUGAGACUGUGGAUAUGAACGGUCUUAAGGUUCUUGCUUCUCAGGUAACUCUGGUGAGGAAGAUAUUCGCAGAGCAUCCAGACAUUGCACUAGGUUUCAAAUCAAAGAACCAAGUGCUGAAGACAGCAUACAUGAAUGUCCUCAUUGGCCUCAUCAAUACACUAAACAAGCCUUCACAUAACCACUCAGAGACUGAGCUGACCAAAGCUGAGAGCGAGUUGAGUGAGCUGGAAGAAGUGGGUUUCAAGCUUGACUGGCUAAAGUUAAAGCUUGAGGACGUUAUCUUGGAGAGGAAGAAAGCAGAUGUCUAUGGUAAUAAGGUCAUACAGCUUGAGGAACGUAUGAAGAAUCUUGAGCAGAUGGAAAACAAGAUGAAGAGAAGCAUUGUUGAGUGUUUCUUGGAGAGGAAGAAAGCAAAAGAUGAUGGGUCUCGGGUCCAAACACUCGAGAAACGGGUUAACUACCUUGAGGCGGUGGACUCCAGCUCCAGGCUGGAUUGUCUGACUCUGAAGUCGAAAUCUGGGGGUGUUUCCUUGGAGAAGAAGAAGGUAGAUGAUGCUGAUGCGUCUAGGGUCCAACAACUGGAGGAAAACCUCAAGAAUCUUGAGGAGAUUGUGUCCGAUCUCAAAGUGAAACUGGACGAGGGGAAGGAAAAAUCCUCUUCUGAUGGAUUUCUGAUGGUAGACGAGGAGGAGGUAGCUUGA